UGGUAAGUGAACACCUGUCUACCCUAGACGAGUUCAAAUCACCAGGACCGGAUGGAUUACACCCCAAGGUUCUGAAGGAACUGGCAGACGUGAUCUCAGAACCACUGAACUAUAUCUUUCAAAGAUCCUGGAGCACAGGGGAGCUGCCAGAGGACUGGAAAAGAGCUGAUGUAGUUCCCAUCUUCAAAAAAGGAAAAAAAACAGAUCCAGGAAACUACAGACCUAUCAGUCUGACCUCAAUACUGGGGAAGAUUCUGGAAAAGAUAAUCAAGCAACGAAUCACCGAACACCUAGAAGCAAACAAAGUAAUAACCAAAAGCCAACAUGGGUUUGUCAAAAACAGAUCAUGCCAGACUAAUCUUAUCGCAUUCUUUGACAAAAUGACAAAAUUAGUAGACCAGAGGAAUGCUGUCGAUAUAAUUUACUUGGACUUCAGUAAAGCAUUUGAUAAAGUAGACCAUAACCUACUACUAGAUAAAGUAGAAAAAUGUGGGUUAGACAGCACCACCACCAGAUAGAUUCGUAACUGGCUGACCAACCGCACUCAAUGUGUAGUCCUCAACGGAACUACAUCCACAUGGAGGGAAGUAUGCAGUGGAGUACCCCAAGGCUCUGUUUUAGGCCCAGUACUCUUCAACAUCUUCAUCAAUGACUUGGACGAGGGGAUAGAUGGAGAACUCAUCAAAUUUGCAGAUGACACCAAGCUGGCAGGAAUAGCCAACACUCCAGAAGAUAGGCUCAAGUUACAGAAAGAUCUUGACAGACUUGAACAUUGGGCGCUAUCUAACAAAAUGAAAUUCAACAGUGAAAAAAGUAAGGUUCUACAUUUAGGCCAAAAAAACAAAAUGCACCAGUACCGUAUAUGUGGUACCUUGCUCAAUAGUAGUACCUGUGAGAGGGAUCUUGGAGUCCUAGUGGAUAACCAUUUAGAUAUGAGCCAGCAGUGUGCAGCAGCUGCUAAAAAAGCCAACACAGUUCUGGGCUGCAUAAACAGAGGGAUAGAAUCAAGAUCACGUGAAGUGUUACUACCACUUUAUAAUGCCUUGGUAAGGCCACACUUGGAAUAUUGCAUCCAGUUUUGGUUGCCACGAUGUAAAAAAGAUGUUGAGACUCUAGAAAGAGUGCAGAAAAGAGCAACAAAGAUGAUUAGCGGACUGGAGGCUAAAACAUAUGAAGAACGGUUGCAGGAACUGGGUAUGUCUAGUUUAACAAAAAGAAGGACUAGAGGAGACAUGAUAGCUGUGUUCCAAUAUCUCAGGGGCUGCCACAAAGAAGAGGGAGUCGGGCUGUUCUCCAAAGCACCUGAGGGUAGAACAAGAAGCAAUGGGUGGAAACUGAUCAAAGAAAGAAGCAACUUAGAACUAAGGAGAAAUUUCCUGACAGUUAGAACAAUUAAUAAGUGGAACGACUUGCCUUCAGAAGUUGUGAAUGCUCCAACACUGGAAAUUUUUAAGAAAAUGUUGGAUAACCAUCUGACUGAGAUGGUGUAGGGUUUCCUGCCUGGGCAGGGGGUUGGACUAGAAGGCCUCCAAGGUCCCUUCCAACUCUGUUGUUAUGUUAUGUUAUGUUAUGUUAUGUUAUGUUACGUUACGUUACGUUACGUUACGUUACGUUACGUUACGUUACGUUACGUUACGUUACGUUACGUUACGUUAUGUUA